AUGCUCUUUUCUCGUCGAAAAGCGUUUUAUUCAUUAUAUUUUACUUGUUUUUUACAAUUACUCAUUGUAUUUUUCUCAUUUUCAUUGGCAUAUGAUCUGGUUGACACUGACAUCGACAGAGAGAGAACUAUUGAGAUUACGACGGCGUCGGAAGCAGAAAGUGAUGCGAUAUGGUGUCCGACGAACCGAGUUGGAAACCAAUGCCCAGAAGAAACUCUUCUUUCAUUUUAUAAAUGUUGUGGCCAUCUGAACAAAGAAUGUUGUUUCCAUAUGAGAGUUUGGAUUGUCAUAAUGAUAAUCGUACUCCCAAUCUGUCUCGUCCUUCCCGCCACCACUUUCCUAAUCCGUCGUCUUCUGUGUUCCACCAAUCAACAAACCACCGGAAGAGGCCCAUCAGCCGCCGACCGUGUCCGUCAAUUAGCUGCAGAAGAUUCGACAACUCAUAGAAGAGAUUCCGACGAUAUGGUUAUGCUUUGA